CUCACUCAGUCUGCAUGUUGGUGUCAGUCCAGGAUGAGCAGCGUGUGAAAGGAGGGGUGGUGAAAAGUUCACAUGACAGGCUAACUGGCCCAAAAUGUGCAUGAGACGUGUCCAACAUGGCCCACUGGGAUAACCCACGCAGCAUGGAGCCCACAGACCCAGCAGGUUACUGGUCCCCCACGGUUCCUGAGGCUGAACUGUACCGAAGCCUGCAGGCUGUGCUUCCCCGGUGCACUGACCAACAGCAGGGCCCAGACUGGUGUAACAGAGUUUUUGGUCAUACUAUCUUGAUUCAUAUGUCGCAGCUAAUAUACGCAACGACGGCCUACAUCCCAGAUGAGCUGUACAAACGUAUUUAUGACUUUUGCAAGCGGCUGCUGACGUAUCCUCAGCCUUACUGCACCGUGGGCCUCAGCUACACGCGACAGAUAAAUACAGAACGCUUCAUCCCAGGUCUGAUGUACCAGAGGAUGAUCACAGCAGAACAGAAGCUAAAAAAUGAGCACUAUCCCGUCCAGGAGAGGGUUUUCAUUCUGGCCGAUCCAGAAGUCUUCUCCGGCUCCCUGAUCCCCGCCGUGGUGGAGGACUUUGAGGCGUCUACUUCGGCGGGAUUUCAGAGCCCGUUAGACCACAUGCGCAGCGUGGUUCAACACACCCUACAGGCGGCUUUAGGGCCGCAGCGAUGCCACGGUCCCAAGCUGGCUCAGGCCCUCAGGGACAUGGGUCAAGAUGUGGAGCCGUACUUUCAGUACGUGUUGGAGAUUCUGGAGCACAGCGUGGAGGAGGGCUACAGAGGUGAAGGGGGAACGCUGAGCAGCCGACUCCUGCAGCUCUACGGCGAGAUCGUCUCUGAUUCUGACGCAGAGCCGUUAUGUGGAGCAGCGCUGUGUGACUGCCCCGUUCCUAACCCUGAGAUGAGCUUCUACCUGUGGACAGAGGAUCUGGAUAUCUGGAGGGAGCUUUCCAGAUGGUUCCGCUCCAGCAGCGUGACGGAGGACUUCUCCUCCUUCAGCCAGGAGCAGGAGGACUUUGAUCUGGGUGAAUCGCCGUGCGCCAUGCUGACCGCCGACAUGCCUCGCUUCUCUAUUAUGUCCAACGACAGCGGCAUCGAGAGGGACCUGCCCCCCGGCGCCGACGUCUCCGCAUCAUCCCCACUGGACAACCCCGGCAUCGAUUCAGGUGAGCAGGACUCUGGUCGCUUGUCGCGGCGAGGAGGCAUCAAGCUGAAGCCGAAUGCGAAGGACAGCAUGGUGCUGAUGCAAGACACGCUGGAGGACCAGGCGAGCGCUGCGGUGAGCGGGCCUGCAGGGAGGGGGGGGAGAAGAGGGGCCACUCUGCAGAGGCGAGCAGGGGCCAGCGCCAUGGAGAACCACUUCCCCAAACAGCAGAGAAACUUUACCGCCAAGAUCGUCGUCAUGGGAGACGACAGGGUCGUGGGUCGCCUUGCGAAGGCGUAUUACUUCUACAGAAAGAGAGAAGCCCGGCGGCUCUUUAUGACCAUGAAAGUCAGCCUCCAGUUCUACUACAUUCCUGUCUGCUCGGCGCCGGCACCCAGCUCCCCUUCUACGGUGAACCUCAGUCAGAACUUGGGGGAUUCCUGCACGCUUGGUUCCUACUUGAGCAACGUGGAUCCAUGGUACAACAGCAACAUCAACAGUCUGGGAUGCAUGAUCCAUAAACUGGCUAAAAUGGAAUCCAAAAUUCGGGCCAGCAACAUUAAGAUCCGUUCCUUAGAGCGGCGAUCCUUCAUUCUCACGCUGGACAGAGACAAGCGGAGGACUUACAAACAUGUGCAAAGCAUCGAGAUCUCUCCUUGUCUGGAUCCAGGAUACUGCGUCCAGAAAACCAUGAGGUCCAAAUUUUGCUUGGACGCAGAAAAGGACGCCGGACUGAGCAAAUACAUGAGCAAAGCGCUUCCUUUGCCCAUCAACACAUUCGCUGGCAUCAUCAACUAAUGAGUGAAAGUCGGCCAACACUUCGUCAGUAAAUAAGGAUAACCUCACUCUGUUUUCUGAGUGGAAGUGACGGUCGUCUACCUGGACAAAAGGCAACCUUACAGACCAAUGAGCUGCUCUUUAAUCGAAAGUUGUCUGCAUCUGUCCCUCUGCUCUGACUGACUGUUUACUGACUGUUUCUAAGGAACACAUUCAAUACUAUGAUUAAACUGUCUGCUGAUUUGGCAGUGUUAGAAAGUGUGCUGCAGGAUGGGAUAGCGCUUGAUUAGCAUCAUGCUCCUCCUAAAUAGCCUGAUGUGUAUUCUUUGAUCAUCACAGAGGUUCAUUAUGUUUAAACAAAUACUACCUGUAGAGAAAAUGAAGAAGGCUCUGAGCCAGUAAAAGGUGCGGCCGCCAUGUUAGAGGUGCGGCCGCCAGGUUAUAGGUGUGGCCACCAGUUUAGUAUUGCGGCAAUUAGGUUACAAGUGUGGCUGCCAGGUUAAAAUUAACUUGUCGGUUCUUUAUCUUUUGGUUGAUCAGCGUUUUUUUUUCUCCCAAAUCUGUAAGGAACCUGAUUCAUAACAGCAUUGUGUAAUUUUGAAGUUUUUAAGACCUGAUCUCGACGCUUAUGUUAAUUCUGUAUCCACACUACCUUUAGACUCCCUCAGCGACAUACACAACAGUUAAGCCCCCUCACUUGGCCGCCGCCAUGCUGGAAUAUUGCCCUCACUGCUCUUAUCUCAUCUCUGCUACACUCAGACAUCUGCAUCCACCUCAUCUUUUGCAUGAAGGAAGCUUUAAUCAUGGAAAAUGACUGACAAUCUGCUUUGGUUGUAAGAUCUCAUAAGAUAUUGAGAUUAAAACCAUGAGCUGCAUCAGGAGUUACUCAGGACAGAAUUGAGGUGUGAUGCUGAUCAAAGACACAUUCAAAAGGUGCUGAUCGACCUCCGACCUAACCUCUCCCAAUGCACCGUGCACUACCCGCAGGGACGGCGUGUUGGAGUCGCACACAAGGCAGACAUCUUGGAACAAGUGAACAUCUCCCAGUGGAAAACUUUACAUUAGUGGUGAAUAUUAGAAUUGAAAUGAUUGUAUUGCACUAAAGGAGCAUUUAAACAGACUGUAAUUACUGUGAAGUAUCUCAUUAAUGUUUGUUGUCCUGCAGCUUAAAGAGGGAUGACUGUGAUCUGAAACGACUUCUAGUUCGGUAGAAGCUGUAUGUUUGUCACCUGCUUUAAAUAACAGUCCUGGUAUUAGCAGGAGUGCUAAAGCUAGGCCAAAGGAGGAUUAGCCUGAAACGGACUUCCUGCCACGUCACCAGGUUUUUUUUUUUUGCCCAGAAGCUGAUGAUUAUUGAGACAGGAAAUGAAGUAUGAAGCGGUGCAGCAUCAGCAACCAUCCUGACGUACUGAGAACCGCUGUAGCUACCAGAUCUGCUCUGGUCCUGCUUUAUGCCAAUGACGUUACGCUACAUGAUUGGCUGAACGUUGCCACAGGAUGUAAAACAUUGUGGUUGCCCAGACAACGACAAUGACAUCACGCAGCGUCCGUUAGCAUGUUUUACCUGAUCAAUAACAAAACUGAAAAGAAUCUGUUUCUGGUGAACAAACUAAAUAUUAG